AUGGUUGCGGACGAUUUGUCGUCAUCGAUAACACCCAUUUUCAUCAAGCCUUCAGCAUGGGAAGACCUAGAUCCCCUCGUACCUACCAGCCUCAAGCCAAAACCGCCCAUAUCGCUCGGCCAAAUUGCUCAGCCCAACAACCCUGUCAACCCCAACAACGCCCACAACGUGAACAAGUUCGACGUGUGUUCGGCCAGGCUGAACGCGGAAGGGAGGUGUCUAGACGGUCCUUUCUUCGGAGGGUGUGGUGUUAGUGGUGUUGGAGCCCAUGUCCCAGCACCGGUGUUCCCUCUGUUGUCUCCUCUCGCUCCGCCCUUUUUGAGCAGCAUCCUGGCGGAAGUGCAAGUCUUGGAUCCCUUCAAGAUGCCUCGGGCUGGACUCGAUACCAUCAGGAACGACGCCAUGGAUGUCGACGCUGAAGAGGAUGAAGAAAUGAACGUGGAUGACCCAAACACGAUGGACACCAGCCUCGACCCUUGGUCAAUGGAUUCGCCCGCCAUACUUCCUAUUCCACCUCCACCACCUCCUGCACUUGCGCAACCCCCCGCGGACAAGAACUUCUUCGGCGGCCCACCACUCCAGAAUUUGCAGCCCUUUAAGCUCUCUACGCCUCAGCACAUCGAACGCCGUUACGAGAUCAAUGUCACACCCUCGCCUAACGAGAUCGACACUGCCAACGACGUGGAAGCCUCCGUUCUGACGAAGCGACACUAUGAAGCCGCCUACGCUCGUAUCGAGCAAGAGUUGGCCGCCUCCGCUGUCCUGUCGGAGGAGCUUCCUCAUCCCUGGCUCGUACCUCUUCCUGAGUCUCCCUCACCUGAAAGAGAGCCUGCGUUCGUCGCUGGAGGCAAUGAAGGCUUGUCCUUGGUCCAUGAUAGCUGUCCUGAAGCCUCAGAUCCUAAUCUUAUUCCACCGGCCGUUGGUCUCGUCACGCAGACGACCGCCGACGUUACCCCUACACCUCCUAUGUGUGCGACUAUCGAACUUCAACACGAUACUACUCCAACUAUACCAACCACUCCAGAUCUCUCGUCAGCACCUCCGAUCGUUGACGAAGGUCCAUCUCUCUCCGACGGUUGCUCAUCGGCAUCAGCGGAGCUCGCGACCCCAUCAAAAGCUGUAGACGACGCAAAUAAUGUCGAUCCUUCUCAAUCCUCCCAAGUCUCCGUAGACCCACCUUACGUAUCUCUAUGCGGUCCUCGAAGCCUACAAGAACUAGUCGAAUCCGUUGACCAACUUGAUCUGUCCAUCGCACCUGUAAUUCAACUCCCAUCGCCCACCAUCUCGACCCCUUCAUCGCAUUCUCGCUUCUCUUAUCCAUCCUCCGUCUUGGACGACAGUCUUCCAACGCCUGAUGCGCAUAUACUCAUCGAACUCGACUCCUCGUCUGCCCAUGAACUUCCCUCCUUCGCCCCCCAGGACCUCUUCCCAGAGAUCGGCGGCUUCAACCCCAUGCACUCGACGCCGGCUAGAUUCCUCGGCUUUGGACAACACGAGAUAUGGGACGAGCUUGCGUCGCUUGAGAAUGCCUUCUCUACGAUUGUAUGCGCGCAGGAGACACCAAGCCCGGUUUCGGAGGCGAUAUUUUCGCGGGUAUAUGCGUCGAAGGAAGAGGGGGCUUGCGAUGUUUUGGGGUCGCAGCGGGUGGUGUUGUCUGGAGUGCCUUGCAUCCUCGAUUCGUCGGUGGAUCAUUCUGAUCUCUUUCUUGCGGAAGGCACCAGGGCAUUACGCGACCGUUCUGAGAGUGGUGGCGGUCCUUGUGACGAAAGCUCUCCUGCGAUGAAGCCUCGCACUCCAGCGUUGGUCAAAGCUUCCGAGAGAAAGAGAAAGGCGUCAGUAUCGAUCCAGGCCCACAGCAACACGAAGAAGGCACAUAAGUCGAGAGCGAUUUCCGCGAACCGGCGAGAACGGAGAACGAUGGCCAGUGUCGGUGUUCAGACGGAGUCCGGCGGACGACCUUCGAUCCAGGCCGACAAACUUGUGAAGGAGAGGAUCCUGGUCCCAAGCAAGCUUAAUACGACUCUCGUUGAAGUCAAACCCUUGAAGGAGGAUGAUGAGAGCAUGAGCAGCGAGUCGGUCCCUACUAUCGAAUUUAUCGCUGAAGAAUGCCACGAAGUUAACAAGCCAGCUGUACCCAAGUUUCCAGCGCAACACUGGUCUAGGAAUGCUGGACCAUUACCUACCAAUGGCACGUCUUCCUUUGGCAGUCCUCUUUCUGACCUCCGCUUGAGCCCGUAUCGCUACACUCCUUCGUCAGGCACCAAAUAUCAAUUCCCAUACAGUGCCCUCAUACGCGAAGACGACUUGCAUGCGUCUCCAACCAAUGUCUUUUCUUCCAACUCGGCCGUUGGUCAGACCGCGGCAGCGAAGACGAAAUUAAUCUCAGCUACACCGUCAGCGAGUGAUACCCCUCGUCGUCGUCACAGCUCAGCAUCGCCACAAGUUCCCAGUCGACGCACAUCCCAGUCGAUCUCUCGUCCAUAUUCACGACCCCCCGCGCAGAAAUCCGUUGAGAAGGACCCUGCUGUUGCCGAGAUUGUCGGUAAAGUGAAGACAUUUCCUGGCGCCUUCCCUGGUCUCGACUCUGACGGCGAGUCUUCAACAUCUCUUGAAGAGGUACCUGCUAUGUCUCGUCCCGCAUCUUUUCUUUCAAGGUUGACGGAGCUCGUCUUUGGAUGGUAA